ACCGCAGCGGCUCACCCCUCCCUUUCUGGGAACGUGGUUGGGCAUCUGCCUCUGGCACACGCCACUAGAAGAGGGCUCCCGGCGGGAGAUGACAGCGGUGUGCUCGCUGCUUGGCCCUCUGCGAGCACCGGCUUCCUUCUCCUUGCAGCCGGAGCUGAAGACCUAGCAGGCUCCCUCAUACUCCACCAAAAGUUAUACUCAGCUUGGAGACAAGUUUGGAAGUGGAGGGAAGAGUAAAAUGGAUUCUUAUUUCUCAGCAAAGAACUCAACUCUUGAUGUUAAUAUAAAUGAGACCUUGUCUGCCACUUAUGGAUUUAAUUCCACCAAUGACCCACCUUCGAUGUCAAUAACCAGGCUUUUCCCAGCCUUACUAGAGUGCUUUGGCAUAGUCCUUUGUGGCUACAUAGCAGGAAGGGCCAAUGUCAUAACAUCAACACAGGCCAAAGGACUGGGAAAUUUUGUCUCCAGAUUUGCCCUUCCAGCUUUAUUAUUCAAAAACAUGGUUGUGCUUAAUUUUUCCAAUGUGGACUGGGCUUUUCUAUACAGUAUCUUAAUUGGCAAAGCCUCUGUGUUUUUUGUUGUAUGUGUGUUAACCUUAUUGGUUGCCAGUCCCGAGAGCAGAUUUAGCAAGGCGGGACUGUUCCCAAUUUUUGCUACACAAAGUAAUGACUUUGCUUUGGGAUACCCUAUAGUUGAAGCUCUGUACCAAACUACAUACCCAGAAUAUCUCCAGUACAUUUAUUUGGUGGCACCAAUAUCUCUUAUGAUGCUAAACCCUAUAGGGUUUAUCUUCUGUGAAAUCCAGAAGUCAAAAGACACUCAAAAUGCUUCUCAAAAUAAAGCAAAAAUCGUGGGACUUGGAUUUCUACGUGUGUUACAGAACCCAAUAGUAUUUAUGGUCUUUGUUGGCAUCGCCUUCAAUUUUAUCCUUGAUAAGAAGAUCCCUGUAUAUAUGGAAAACUUUCUGGAUGGGCUUGCAAAUUCCUUCUCUGGAUCAGCCCUGUUUUAUCUUGGUCUGACCAUGGUAGGAAAAAUCAAGCGACUGAAGAAGUCAGCGUUUGUGGUUCUUAUUCUCCUCAUCACAGCCAAACUCCUGGUGCUGCCCCUUCUGUGCAGAGAAAUGGUGGAACUCCUGGACAAGGGUACCAGCGUAGUGAACCAUACAAGUCUGUCAAACUAUGCAUUUCUAUAUGGCGUCUUCCCUGUGGCUCCAGGAGUGGCGAUCUUUGCUACACAGUUCAACAUGGAAGUGGAGAUUAUAACCUCAGGAAUGGUAAUAAGUACAUUUGUGUCUGCUCCAAUCAUGUAUGUUUCUGCCUGGCUAUUAACCUUUCCUACCAUGGAUGCUAAGCCAUUGGCAUAUGCCAUUCAGAAUGUUAGUUUUGAUAUAAGUAUUAUCAGCCUGGUCUCCUUGAUCUGGUCUCUGUCUGUUCUUCUCUUGAGUAAGAAAUAUAAGCAGCUCCCUCAUAUGCUUACAGCUAAUUUACUCAUUGCUCAGACUAUUGUUUGUGCUGGAAUGGUGAUAUGGAAUUUUGUAAAAGAAAAAAAUUUUGUUGGACAAAUUUUGGUGUUUGUUCUAUUGUACAGCUCCCUGUACAGCACCUAUCUAUGGACAGGCCUUCUAGCAGUUUCUUUGUUUCUUUUAAAGAAGCGUGAGGGUGUACAGCUCCCCGUGGGAAUCAUCAUCAUAUCUGGCUGGGGAAUCCCUGCUCUCCUCGUGGGCGUGCUUCUGAUAACUGGGAAACACAAUGGAGACAGCAUUGACUCAGCUUUCUUUUAUGGAAAAGAGCAGAUGAUCACCACGGCAGUCAUCCUGUUCUGCAGCAUUCUCAUAGCUGGGGUGUCACUCAUGUGCAUGAACCGUACCACCCAAGCUGGUCACUACGAAGGUUUUGGCCAAUCUCAGAACCACAAACCAGUAGAGCCUGGAAGUACUGCAUUUGAGGAGAACCCAGCACCAACAAAUGAACCAGAACUCUUCCCAAGUUCUAUCCCAGAAACAAGUUGCUGUGCUUGCUCCUUGGGGAAUGGUGAAUUACGCUGUCCAUCAAUAGAGCCAAUAACGAACUCAAGUGCUAGUGGGCCAAUGCCUUCUUCCUUUGAGAAAACCGACCACUGUGUGAGCCGCUGUGACUCCCAGAGCUGCAUCCUCGCCCAGGAAGAGGAGCAGUACCUGCAGAGUGGAGACCCACAGCUGACCCGGCACGUCCUGCUGUGCUUGCUGCUCAUCAUCGGCCUGUUUGCCAAUCUCUCUAGCUGUCUGUGGUGGCUGUUCAACCACGAGACGGGACGACUCUAUGUUGAAUUACAGUUUUUCUGUGCUGUGUUUAACUUUGGCCAGGGAUUCAUUUCCUUUGGAAUCUUUGGGUUGGACAAACAUUUAAUCAUCCUACCUUUCAAAAGAAGGCUUGAAUUCCUGUGGAACAAUAAAGAAGCAGCAGAAGACAGAGAAUCCCCGGUUUCUGAGGAAAUAAAAAUGACCUGUCAACAGUUCGUACAUUAUCACCGUGAGCUAUGUAUCCGAAACAUCGUCAGAGAAAGAAGGUGUGGUGCAAAGACUUCUGCCGGGACCUUCUGUGGCUGUGACCUGGUGAACUGGCUAAUCGAAGUCGGCCUUGCUUCUGACCGUGGUGAAGCUGUGAUCUACGGAGACAGACUGGUGCAAGGAGGAGUCAUCCAGCACAUCACCAAUGAGUAUGAGUUUCGGGACGAGUAUCUGUUUUACAGAUUUCUUCAAAAGAGUCCUGAACACAGUCCUCCUGCCGGUACUGUAAGCGACUCUCAACAGGAAAGCUAUAAAGAAAUUGGUCACUCAUCUCUGCCCUCACUCUCCCCUAAGACUUAACUUACAGAGAGAACCCACAGGAAUCGUACCCUCUAGCCUCGUAUCUGAUCCUUUUAGCUGGGGGACCUUGGGCAGUUCAUCUCCUUUGUAAAAUGCAAAGGCAUUCGUACCCUGUUCUGACACGCUAUAACUUUAUGUGUAUAGAAAGUACAUAAGAAACUGACAAGAGGAACCAUGAAGUUAAAAGUUAUGAUAAUGAAUAUAAUAGUUGCUAUAGAUACCUCUAUUGUCCCAAUAGUUUAAAAUCGUUUCUUUCUGAAACUUUGUUAUAAUUACAAAGUCAGCAUCCAACUGGCUGUAAUUUUAAAUUGCCAAAUUUGGCAAGUUUGCUGCCCUCAAAACAAACCUUAAGACUACUUUACGUUUAUCAAUAAUGCUUCCCUCAACAGAUUUCUAUCCAUUCUAGUAAAAGGUUUUAUUUUCCCUCCCACUUCUUUGACAAAUUCUGCCCAUUCAAAAUUACAACCACUGUUUUGUUUUUGAGACAAGGACUCAUGUAGCCCAGGCUGGCUUCAAAUUCCCUAUGUAGCCAAGAAUGGCUUUUAACUCCUGAUCUUCCUGCCUCUGCCUCCUGAGUUCUGGGCUUAUUGGUAUGUGCCAACAUGCCUGGCUAACCCCAGUAUUUUUUUAAAGUAAUUUUAAAAUUUAUUUUUGAUAAAACACCAAUUUAAAGGUUUGUCUUUUUGUGUCUUCUAUCUAAACUACUAACGUGUACCAAUAAGAAGAGAAUAAGGACAUUAAUAUUAUUAUCUCUGUAAUAUUUCAAGGUAAAAAAUUUAAGUAAUUUGAACAUAUUCAUUUAAAUGUCAUAUAAGAAAUAAUGCCAUGAGCUGUAGUACCAUUUCUGGUAGUUUCAAAGUAUACUGUAGAAGAAAAAUAUACUUUAUUCCCUGCACUGAGAAAGUAUAUAGUCAGGAACUUAAAAUUCUAAACCUAGCAUCCUACCUUUAGAAUUUAGUCUUUUUUGUGUCCAUGUCUAAAAAGUUUAUAAGUUUAAAAAUUAGCAAAUGCUGCUUAGUCCAUCAAGAGUUUAAAACAGAAUGACUUGAACACAGAUAGCUCCUAAACAACAGGAAGGCUUUCUUCCAGGUCCAGGGCUGGUCGUGUAAGAGGAGGCAGCCAAGCAAUAAGCCCCUGUUGAGGCCCCAUCUCAGGUCCACCAAUGGAGCCGCCUGUGGUGGGACAGAAGGCUCUGGAAGAGCACACCGCAUUUUGACACUUCUUCUCUCCUGAGCUACACUUCUCCAGGUCCCCUCACUGGGGUUGGGUUUUGAGGAGACGCGUCCAGCCUGUAACAGUCUCGGGUAAAGCUUCCCUCUCAGUUAAUUUGCACAUCUUUUGAACAACUACUUCAUUAUUAGGUAUCGGUGAUGGUUUAACUUAUUUUAAAUGUUACUUAUCUUACUUUACUGUUUCAUAUAUAAAAGCCAUUUAGGAAAUUAUUUAUGAGGUUAGUGCCCUGGCCCUUUUAAUGUAGCAAAUACAUAUUAAAAGGAAACCUUGCAUGGAAGCCUAGUGUAUAUAAAAAGAAAUGAUGUUUAUUUUAUGUUAUGAUCAUGGAAUUGGGAUGUUUUAGGCAGAACUAUAUCGCCAUAAAACUUAGGGGAAAAAGGAGACACGGCUCCACUGUACUCCUAAUGCCCAGGAGUAUGCGUAAGCACCCUCCUUAGCAGCCUUGAGUGACAAGACAGAAUUCACAUGCACGUGGACAACUCAAACUCAAGUGAGGGAAUUUGUUUUGUUUAUGAAUAACCAUAUUAAGUAUGCUCUUUCAUUUGCACAAAUGGAAUCUGAAACAUCAUUGUCCUUGGGAGAUCCUAAAAGAAAACCAGAGAUCAAUCAGAGUGACUUGCAGUUUUAGAUGAUAAAGGCUUUUAAGCCAUGUUUUUAGGAUUAAGGAUAAGCUAAUUUUAUUAAAUGGAAAUAUUUGUAUGUUACUUUCUCACUGACAGCACGUUUCUCAAUAAAAUACUAUUUUAACUUUCA